AUGGGCGAAACAAACGGCGUCAACUCCGGCACACCUCUAGGCGAUCUGGGCAAUAUCCCCGCAGGCCAGGUUCGACCCGGUGGUGCACCUGCAAGAGUCUAUCUCAACGAGAAGGUCGUACCGUAUCUGCUUGACGGGAUGAAGUCUGUUGCGCGAGAACAGCCUGUGAAUCCGCUCCGUGUGCUUGGCGAGUUCUUGUUGCAGAAGAGUAAUGAGGUUGAGGGGGAGGCGAAGAAGGAGUCGGAGUAG